AUGUCCCGACCUGGAAGUUCCGCACAGUCUAUCGGUGGAUAUGACGAAAGCCGCCCCAUGUCCGCUCGACCCCAGUCCAACGGCUACUACACUUCAUCCCUCCCGCUAGACGCGAUGACCGGGUGGGAGAUGGGACAGGGGGGCGCCGUCAAUGGGAUGGCAGAAGGGAGGGUCGUCUAUCCCAUGCCCGGGGGCGUCGCUAUCAUGGCUUCAUCUGGUAUGCCCAGACGUAUCCCUGAUGAUCAAGACGAGGAGGACUUCUUACCUAUCCAAGAAGGCAACUACGCGUACACCCAAAUCACCCCUUAUCACUCUCAGCAUCACGUCCAACACCCUCCUCAUCCCACCUCUAUCCCCGCCCACUACAUGCACGGCGCCACCCCAUAUCACAUGGUCGGCCCAUCCCACAUCUCGCCAACCGCCAUGAUGGGGCAGCACGGAUACCCCAUGAUGCACGUCCACUCGCAAUCCCCUACGGACGGCAUGUAUGUCCAAUCAGCACCCAUGGGCCACCACCAGCAUCCCGGACCUCCUCCACGUCGCCACACAUCCUCCCGAGGCAGCAUCACAGCGGCUUCGCGACCAUCUAUGGGCCAGCGCCAGUACUCCCUCCAGCCCCCUCCAGCCCGUGCCGGCGACGCGUCGAGCCAGGAUGUUUUCGUCAUGCCACCUGCCAGUACCCCGGUCCGUCACGUUCCAGGUCACGGAGAGUUCCAGCUUGACGGAGGACAAUACUAUACCCUUCCACAGGGCAUCUCCCCAGCCCGCGCCCUCGGUCCAGCCCCCACGCAGAGAUCGGCUCUCUCCCCUCCGGCCGAUCCUCUCAAUACCCCCCAAACCAAGAUUCCCUCUCUCAUCACGCCUUCCUCUCUCGCGUCGACCGUCAUGACCGAGAACUCCUCGGAUUCAGAAUACUCCCCUCCGGAUCGCGUCGCCGCGGCCAGUGACGACGAGGACGUCUACUCCCCUACGAAGCCCACUAAGAAGCUUGUUCUCGAGAGAACACUCGAGCCGGCCCCUCGGCGCCAGAACGUCCCCGCUAUCAAGCUCAAGGGAGUCAUCGGCGGCCGUACCAGCGCAAAGUUUGCCAAGGUCGCCGAGGACCCCGGAGUCGAGGGUGUUCCGCCGGGACCACGCCCUCUCGAGCGUCCCGCCCCCUCCUUCGCCUGCAUCAUCGGUCAAGCCAUCCUCAAAUGCUCGGCCGGCGGUCUCUCGCUCGAGCACAUCUACCGCUACGUCGAGACCGCUUAUCCCUUCUUCAAAACCGACAACUCUGCUUGGCGGAACUCGGUCCGACACAACCUCUCCAUCCACAAGAUGUUUGAGACUAUCCCCCGCACGGAGCACUUCCCUCCCGGCAAGGGCGGGAUCUGGAUCAUCCACGAGGAGGAAAAGAUCCACUGGCCAGCCGAGGACAAGUUUAUCAAAAACUUCCCCCAGAACCACGCGCAUCACGCUGUGUGUCGGCAGACGCUCCACGAGCGGGCAAAGGAGCUUGAGCAGAUGGCAAAGGCCAAGGCGGAAGGGAGGGAGUAUGUCCCCAAGAAAGGCAAGAAGGCGCGCAAGGUCGUUGACGACUUUACGCCCGAACCAACGCGGGCCGCGUCGGUCAUGUCGGAUGCGCCGGGUCCCUCCAACUACAUGCACGCCGGCCCCUCUGUCCUCGCACCAAUGGUCCCGCCGCCCCCACCAAAGCCAAUGCCAUUACCCCUCCAGCGCCCAGAUCCUACCCCGGAGCCCGAGGCGACCCCACCCAAGGUGGCACAGAAGAUCCUGCACCCUCCCCCAUUCUACCGUAAUCUCUCCUCCAGCAUGGCGCCCCAUCCCGCUCCACAACCCCUAUUCGUCGCCGAUGACGCCAUGCCCAAGACUAUGGUCCCUCCUCGGUUCGGGUCAAAACGCCCGCUUGAUGGCGACGAGGAGAACGUCUUUACGGCGCCGCCCAAGCGGGUUCGGGUCAAGGAGCCACAGCCAUUGGCGCCUCUCCCACAAGAGUCGCUCGACGAUCACUACAUCACCCCCGAGCGGGAGCGGCAGCUCCACAAGGCGAUGCCAAUGGGUUCGGCGUUCAAGACUCCCGGUCUCGUCAACUCCGCGUCAUCACCAAGCUCCUCCCCCAUGCCGCCCACCGUCCAGCGGACCGCGCACCACCAUCCCUCCGGCCUCCAGCAAACCUGGACCGAGGAGGACGACGAGGACAUGUCCCCUCCACCCGCUUUCGCCCUUGAUGCGGCGUUUGAGGUCAAGCCAAAGACGAAACCCGCCCAUCUCAGGUCCCUAGAUGCGGAGAGCUCCCAGACAUCUCUUGCCUUUGCCAUGCCAUCGGUCCCUUCCCCUCGUCAGCCACCAAAGACACCCCUCACUCGGUCGUCGGCCGCGGGCGACCGCGUCCAAAUGGCACAUCGUACGCCUAGCAUCGGCAAGACACCCAUCCUCUCCCCCGACAAUAUCGGCGACAUCCCCUCUACACCCAUGUGGGAGAUCCAGGGGAUCUUGUCGCGUUUGACUGGCCUCAAGGCGGCUAGUCAGGCGGAGGGAGUCGCGGCGCCGUACAUCUCCACACCUACGUCCUUUGCGGGCCUCAGUCUGCCCCUCGGUCUCCGGAGUCCCAUCACCAGCACCGACCCCGGGCGGAACCUGUCGACCCUGUACGGAAGCAUGGUCCCUCCAUCACCCUCCAAGCUGUCAUACUCGGCCAUGGCGAGCGGACUGACCGUUGCGGACCUGCAGGGCACGUCGCCCGAUUCGACCCCUCCAUCCCCCUUCUUCCCCUUGCCGUCCCCCUCGAUGAUGGAGCAGCCGGCACCGGAAGUCGACAGUGGGGAUGUCGUGGCGACGUACGACAUCAUUGAAAAGGCUCUAACGGGUCGAGAGUUGGGGAUGCGGUUCGAUAGGGAGGGCGGGUAUUGA